GAAUUUGACUCAUCCGACUAAAUCCAGAGACGAAAAUGGAGAUGGAUGUGUUGACCAUGAUGAUGGACAAGCCGCUCUGUUGACACCCUCCUCUCCUUUUUGAUCCGUUGCUAACUGAACAGCACUUCAAGAGCGAACAGUGUGUGAUAGCGUACGGAGGAUCCCCUUGUGGAACCAGUCAUCAGGUCCUUGGGAGCCAAGUAGCUGGAAAGCUCUACUUCAGGGCACUACACUACUACCCUCAUUCAUUCAUCCACUAUACAAUCAAUCUAUCUAUCUAUCUAUCUAUCUAUAGGUAUAUCUAUAUAUUUUCCACCAUGGGCGCUCCUAGCAACAACAAAACAUCGGAAGCCAAGACUCGCAUUGAUGCGUUGAGCAAGGCAUUGUCCAAGAUGCAGUCGACCACGGGCGAUGCCACACGGUGUUGCGAUCAAUUGUCGAAACGAGCGCAUCAAUUGGAUUCCUUGACGAGUCCAGCCAGUGGCGCCAGUAGUAUGCUCAGUCGAGCCAACAACAAUUUAGCCGCCACUUUGGUCCUCAUGAAGGAUGCCCGUGAAAAAUUCGAUACUGUCACCGAUUGUGAACCGGCCAUUGAUCAUUUGCACAAGGGUGUAAGAGAUAUGGAAGAAAAGAGAGCAUUGCAGGGAGGACGUAAAAAAGUGACCCGGCGGGGCGUUGUAUUGAGUGAACAGGAUGUCUAUGCCGCCAGUGAUAGUAUGGAAAUAUUGCGAGAUGCCUAUGAUUACUUUGUCCAACGACGCAACUGGACGUCGGCACCCAUUGCCAUUAAUGGAUUGGAACGUUGUUUCAAAAUGGGAGUCGAAGCCAUGUGUCUGUUAGUGACGAGUCAUCUCAUGUCGGCUGGUCCUGGUGUCCGCAGUAAGAGAGGCCCCAAGAAAAUUGAUGCCAGUACGGAAACGGCCGCACAAACUCGCGAACGAUUGUCGGCCGCACUCAAGAAUCGAGAUUUGCUCAAAUCCAUUGGAGAUUACGAAGAAAAUCAACCGGUAGAAGCUCGGCAAAUUCGGGAAAUCAGAGCCAUUUUUGAAUGUCUCGGCAGCCAUGGCUACUCGUUGGGCCCCAUGUCCAAUCGAGAACCUCCUGGACUGACCGCUGUCUUUAAUGUUCCACCCGCCCGAGUGAUUCGCACCGAAAAAGUCGGCUCGGGGUGUUACACCAAAUUGACCAAACAACCACUCAAAACUGGAUUCCCUCAGUUGGAUGCCUACGGAGAAGCCAGAAUGCAAGUGGCAUUUUCUGCCAUUGAUUCCUACUAUCGACGCAUCAAGAAUGAUCGCAAGAAAAAGUUGGAAAAACAGGCGGCGGCCGAUGGAGCUGUCAUUGAUGAUGCCGAUGAAGCCGAUGUCGCAGCGAGAGACGCUGUUCGGUGCUUGGAAAAUGCCAUGCUCAUUGUGGCAGGAGAAAAGAAUAUCUUUCGGGCUGUCGUCACUCCCAUUAUAUCUCGUGAUGCCGAUGAGGAAGAUGAGACAGCCUUGGCACCCUAUUUGAAAAAGGCAGGUGUGGCUGCCUACUCUCAUGCCGUGGCUUCCGUCGUCGACCGUGUGCUAGAUAUCAUUGAAACUGUCUUUCUCAAAGAGGGAGGGAUCGGACAGAGUUCCGGAUCCAAGGGAGAUUCUACUACGGGUCUCACCGUGUCGGCUGCGGCGUCGGCGGCCGCGGCUGGAUUGCGCAUUCUGGAUGGAGUCCGCAUGCUGGGACCGUCCUUGGCCAAACUCUGUGAAAUGCCCGUGGGAGAUGGAACCACCGGAGCCAACACUACCAUUGCUUCCACGCUGUGUAUUGCCAUUCAUCGAACUACAGUCAAGAAUGCUGCCAGAACGUUGGAGAAUCUGGCCAAGGCCAUUCAGGAAGAUCCUCUCAAGGGUCACUUGCAUCGUCCGCCCGAUGCCAGUGUUUCCAGUGUCACCACCGAUACCAUUCGUGCCAUUCGAUUGGUAUCACCCUUUGUCAGUGCUUACAAAAGUAUCAGUAAACGUCGUGCCUUGCCGUGGGAUCCCAAUAUGGGCGAGGAAGCUGGAGAACUCGACUCGUUUGUCCGAUUCCUGGUCAUGCGUCUAUUGAACUCCCUCAAAGGAAAGGCGCUCAACUACGUCCGCGAUGGUCGUGAUGAUAGUCAGGCCAAAUCCAAUCUUUUCUUAAUCAACAAUUGCUUCUUCCUCCUCGAAGAACUCGGACAGGACUCAUCCAUGGGGUACAAUGGUCCCAUUGACAGCGAACACUACCGCAUUGACGGAUCGUGGUUCAUUGACAAGGUCAACAAAAUUCUCGAGUCGGAGAAAACAAAGUACCUUGGACAUUGGGAAAUCCUCAAUACGCAUCUCACCGCUAUCGGAAAGGAUGAGCUCGAAUUCCAAAAGAGUGAGACGCUCUUGACGGUCGAGUCUGGUCGUCUUCUCAAGAACCGUUUCAGUGGUUUCAAUGAUGACUUUGAGCGUACAUCGGCUUUGCAUCAGAAGCUUUGCGUCAUUGAUCCUCGUCUGCGGGCUCAAAUGCAACAAGAGGUCAAGCAAGUGUUUAUUCCUCGGUACGAACGCUUCUACCACAAGUACAAAAAGUACCGCUUCUCCAAGAAGAAGCAGGAGAACUACACCAAGUACAGCCCCCAAAAGAUUGAGGAGGUGAUUCGAGAGCUGUAUACUGCUCCGGUUCGUUAAUCCAAUAUGCAUGGCUGGUCGCAUUGCUUUCUAUGGUCGCUCGAACACUUUUUUGGGGGUCUCUCAAUAGUUUCUUCGACGCUGCACGAGUACACAAAUCAAUUCUAGCUUCAACGUUAUCAAACCAUAAUACCUCCUUAUUAUAUAGACUAAGCAGUAUUUCAUUGUAUUUCAUUGCGUCCGACACAUCGUGGCUCUCCAACCGGUAGCUGGUUCCAAACGGUUGAACUUUCCCUUCGAGGUUCCGUUUUACAUACAUUUAGCUUACGGAGAGUACUGCAGGACGUUGCGUUGAUAGCUGGCUACGUUGCUAGCUAGUAGGGACUUUGGUUUACUCUGUCACCCUGCUGUCAGAAACGACGAUACGAUACUCCAAAAGCUCGCCUCAAAGAAGUGGAAGCGCAGUUUCUCUGGACCCUAGCUAGCUAGAGAGAGCUGGAUGAGUGCAUCUGGUGCCCUAGCCCAAAUAGCAGCUGCCGGUACCUACCGUAUCUGGCCAGCUAUCGGCAUGUCACUGCAACCGCAACCUCCCAAGUCGAUGGUUCUGGUGCUGUUAGGUAUACUAUAAAUAUAAAGCUAUAGAAAGCAACCACACCCCAACCCGUCCGACGCCUAAAGCUAGCUAAGGUAGACUAUGGGACCAGGACCGAUAGCAUCGAGAGAGUUGCGGGACCGAGGCUCGAAAAUUGGAUGUACUGUGUUUGAAAAGUAUGUCAACCUCGUUUGAAAAAGAAUCCGCCGAUAUGACCAUA